GUUUACUGCCGUAUUUCCACCGUAUACGGCCGUUUACGAUGCAAAUACGACCGCAAACGGUGAUUUACGGCGGUCAUAUACGACUGUAUACGGUCGUUUACGGCAGUCGUAAAACUGGACCUGGGUAGUGUUUGUGAUGAUGUCUUAAUGGAUUUUGAUGCAUUGGUUGCCGUCCAGUCUCGUUUGGGUACUGCUGCUGGCAGCAGAAGUACCCAAACUUGAUAACGUACCCAAGCUUUUGAUAACAUCCGCAGAUUUAUCCAUAACAAUAAGUUAUUGUUAUGGAUAAACAUCAAUAAUUGCACGUCUUUCACCAUUUUAUAAACAUGAAUCAUGUGGCCAGGUUCGAUUCUUUUGUUUGUUUGUUAUUGGCAAAACAACGUAGAAUAAUCUAGUCGCUAAUAUGAUUCUUCGUUUCUUUUUUAGGAUACACUAUGUAGAAAAAAGGGAGAAUGGCUAGCCAAAAUGAUGUAUAGAUUCGGUAAGUAAGGAGAAAAAUUGGACUAAUUGCUACCUCCUUCUUCCUUGUUAAGAUCUGAGCGGUACACUAGUUGAUAAGGGUGUUCUUUUCAAGGUAUUUCUCUACCGUAGUACGACGAGGCUCAGUCAGUUUGUGAAGGAGAGACAAUUUAGUUUGCGUGUAGAGAAAUCAGGAAGAACAGAGAAUUACACUAGAACAGGUGAGUUUGAAUCACUUUAAAGAAAAAAGAAGAGUAGGGGCGGAUUGAGGUUGUUCAUAAGUACAAACUGAGCAGAUAACCAACAAAAAUACUAAAACUAUUUGAAUUCUAAAGCCGUAAUAAAUGAAUAUAUGUCAUUAGAAAUGCUGAUCCUCCUCCUAGUUCUUGCUUACGUAAUGUUUUGAUUUAUAGUUUUACAUUUUUUUUUUUUUUUCUCUUUCUUACAUUCUUGAUUCUUUUUGAUGGUGUAUAACAGGAGUGAGUGCGUGUUAACGGAUGUGUACGUAUCAGAUAUGGGCACGAUUGAAUUCAAACGCUAUAAAACUCAUUUCGGUUUCAAUUCAGCUAAAUUUUGAACUAAAUUUCGUGCCGGUUUAUAAUAUGCAAACCGAAAAAGUAGGAGUGACGGUGAGCAGUGGCAGAAUUUUUCGACAUUUUUCCUUUCUUUUUUGACGUGCAAAACAAAGAAACGUUCAGAAACAAUGAAUGGGGAUUAUUCUUCAAAAUACACUUGAAAAAUACAAAUAAAGUAGAGGAACAGGAGCCUAUCGUAACAGUGUGUCUUUUUAACAGCUCCUACUCACGUACUCACCUUUUAAUUCAGGAUUUUCUCGUUUUCGCAUAACAUGUUUAUAAAGAUGCUUCGCUGUUUUGAAUCGUUAUAGAGUCUCUGCUAAAUGUUUUUUACUUAGUAUAGUAAAAAUGGAGCAACAAUAAUAGGUCGUAACCACCACGACUCUUCAAGCUUUAUUUCUGAAAUUGUUCUCUUUUGAUUGAUCGCUGUUCCUUCGACUGAAUAUUUGUACAAAAAAACAAUUUUAAUCUAUCGUUCUUUGCAAUUUCCCAUUUUUAAAUAAAUGUGACGUCCAACAGUCUCUUUCACACUGUUUCCACCCACUUAUGUCUAGGAUCACAUGAAGUAAACACAUCUCUGAUCCAAUAGCUGAUGCUGUUGAGGAUAUGACUACACUCUCAAAGAAAAAGAUAUGUUUAUUUCUUUGUUUUAAACUAAUUCUCAUCAAUAAAUUUUUCUUCCGUUCUUUUUAAAGGUUACAUUUGCCGAUACUACAGUUAAUGUUAAUGAUAUGAAUGGUACUGUGAAUCAUAAUACGUUGAAUAUAGUCAAUAAUUUUGCAGCACAGAUGCUAACAUUAACAUCACCAACAUCGCCAACGUUACUUCAUGAACAUAAACUAAAAUGUUCAAUGAUGCCAGCUACAGCGAAGCAACCAGUGGAACCUACUUCAUUAUCGAAUUUAUCAUCAUCCUCAAAAACUGAUAACAAAAAUCCUCAACAUUAUCAUCAACAACACCACCUUAUUCAAAUUACUAAACGAACGGCAACAUCAACAACAAAUACUCCAGCGUCAGCUAGUGGAAAGAAAGUACCAAAACCACCACAGAAAGUUAGACUAGAUUGGGGUUUCCUUUUUCUCUCUAUUACUUUCUAUUUGGGCGAUUGGUAUAAAACAAAAGAAAUUGUUUUAAAAGGAUCAAACUGGAUUAUUGAGGAAGUAAAAAAGAGCGGCUUACGUGAACGAGGUGGCGUCGGUUUUCCAUCUGGUUUAAAAUGGAGUUUUAUAAAUAAGCCAUCAGAUGGACGACCAAAAUAUGUUAUGAUCAAUGCUGACCAAGAUCGAGAAAUAAUGCGACAGGAACCACAUAAAUUAAUUGAAGGUUGUUUAAUUGCCGGCAAAGCAAUGGGAGCACGAGGAGCCUACAUCUACAUUCGCCGUAAAUUCUACAAUGAAUGUUCAAACCUACAAGUAGCUCAUGAAGUGAGUAGAUGUGAAGCUUAG